AUGCUGGAUAUAGCUGCGACAAAUGAGGCGCAUUUCAAUGCUGCUGCUUCGACAUACGAAACUCGUUUCGCAGAAGCCCUUCGAAUCAUUGGCAAUGAAGUUGGAGAACGCUCCAGAUGGAUUUGCCCGCAAUGGGGUGAUACGACUGGCGAUGUCAAGCCAUUCAGGAUGCUUGACUAUGCAUUGCUACCUCAUGUUUCGGAGGCCAUUGGAAUUGACAUUUCCCAAAACAUGGUUGAAGAAUAUAACAAAAACAUUGCUGCCCUGGGGCUACCAACAGACAAAAUGUUUGCUAAAAAGGGAAACCUGCUGUCAGAUAAGCCGUCUGAGGGAUUCUCUGAGCCAGAAUAUUUUAAUUUCGACCUGGUAAUCAUCGGGUUUGCUCUCCAUCAUUUCAAGUCCCCCGACCUUGCUAUGAAGAGGCUUGUUGAAAGACUAGCACCUGGUGGGAUCUUGGUAGUGCUGGACUUCAUAGAGCACUCAAUCAAAGUUGAAGAUGGAGUUACGGCUUCUGGUUUUGGCCCUGACCUAAGACGGCAAUUUGAAGAUGCCGGUGUUGGGGACGGGUUUGAUUACGUGUUACCGGAUAGAGGAGUCAUGCAUGGAAAGCCUCCUAAGGAGCUGCGGUAUUUUCUCGCUCGUGGGGAACGCCUGAAGAGCGUCACAACACAGAGCUAG